AUGGAUAACCGGGCGAUUGAGGAUUUCCUGAAUGACAGCGAUCUGGAUUUUUCUGGAGACGAAGAUGAUGAAGAGUACUUGCCGCCAGAUGUCUUAAGAGCACUUCAAGAGUCUCAAGAAGCAAAAGUUAGAGAUGAAAGCCUAGAAGAAGAAGAAGCACGUGAAGAAGUGAUGCAAGACGAAGAAAAUACUGAAGAAGUAAGUCAAAGUACAUCACGAUUAUUGUGGCGGAAGAACAUAAUGCCUCGCCGUGGUCCAGAUAUUGAAGAUAACGUACUCAUUUCACAAGAGAGCGCAGACAUGAAUGUUUUGUAUUGUUUUUUUGAGUAUUUAGGGCUAGACUUUUGGGGAUUACUAGCAGAACAGAGCAACCUAUAUUCAGCUCAAAAAAGAAAUCUAAAAUCAAUAAAUACAAAUUCUAUUGAAAUGGUCCACUUUGCUGGUAUACAACUGAUGAUGGGCACCCUCAAAUAUCCACAAGGAAAGCUCUACUGGACUAGAGAUCUUUGUGUACCUAUAGUUAGAGAUACAAUCAAUCGUGAUCGUUUUUUUUGA